UGUUUUAAAGAUGAAAGAACACACAUUAGGAUUACUGUUACUUGUGCUUGUAACUAAUCAACUAAUAAAAUCAGAAAUCGCAGCAUGCUCAGAAAAUGGCUGGUGGUACUAUAACGGCCAUUGUUAUUUGUACGUCCGCGAAGAAAGGUCAUGGUCAGAUGCGCAGAAGUUGUGUUUACAACAUGACGCUUACCUCGCUACUUUUGACUCACGUGAAGAGGAAGACGACAUAAAACACACGCUAAAUAACAGAACAGAUAUUUGGAUCGGUAUCUAUAAACCUAGAGAUGAAGUAAAUUGGAAACGGUUGGACGGGAACAGAAUUUUGUUUACUAACUGGGAAGAUUUCAGUUCAACAAGAUUUUUGUGUGGCGAUAUUUGUGUAGCUUUAAACUAUACAGGAAAAUGGCUUCCAUUAAAUUGUGAAUUACUUAAAUCUUCAUUGUGCAAAAUAAAGUUCUUAAUUAAGCAUAUUACUGCAAUCAGCACCUCAGAUACAAAAUGUCCAGAUAGGCGGUGGUUGUAUUUUAAUGAACACUGCUACCUUGUAGUAAAUGAAGAAAAAACAUGGACCGAUUCGAAGAACUUUUGUUUAAGUUUGGACGCUAAUCUUGCUUCGUUGGAAAGUCAAGAGGAGAUCGAUUUCUUAAAAACAAAGAAUGUACAAGUAGUGUGGAUAGGAUUAUCCAAAAAUAUUGUAAAUAAAAGCUGGGUUUGGGAAGAUGGAGGAAACAGAAAUCUAGCACGUUGGGAUGUCGGCGAGCCAGGAAAUUCUUUUUAUGGAAAACACUGUGGUCUGGCCAAUAACUUGUAUCGCUGGGAGAAUUACUACUGCUAUGAAAGUAAAAAGUAUGUCUGCAAGGUUCGAAGGAAUAAGCCGAAUUGCCCAGAAGAAUUCAAUGCAGAAUGUAAAGAAUCAUUCAUGUGGAACUUUGAAGACAACUAUUAUUUUUAUAAUAAUAAAAAGCGACAAUGGGUAGGGGCAAAUAACAGCUGUUCAAAAUGCAGGGCUGAACUGGUUAGCAUAGAGUCACACAAGGAGAUGGAGUUUCUAAAACAGAAAGUCAACGAGAGUGUUUGGAUUGGAUUACUUAGAGAAAACAAAGAAUCCAGUUGGAAAUGGCCAAACGGUGAUUUUGCGAAUUUCACAAACUGGGAUAAAAACCAACCUCUUGAUGUAGAAAGCAGAGAACAUUGUGUGCAUGCAAAGUACAUAGAUAAAUGGCAUGACUUUCCUUGUGCAACAUUAAAAGCAUCGCUCUGCAAGAAAAAGUCGCAAGACAUUACACUAAAUGAUCCAAUAGACACCUACCUUAAAAAUACAACAGUAAGAAAUGGAACAUUAGACACAGUUGGAAAAAAUACAAUCGAAAUCGGCUUGACAGUCACAGUUUCUAUCGUCAUUGUCGCUGCGCUAAUUAUGAGCUAUAUUUGCUAUUCGCGAAGAGUUUUGAAGAUGCGGGUCUUAAAUCAAAGAAACUUCGCAACUGCAAUCACUACAACCAACGAAAUUGAAGAUGAUUAUGAAACUCUUGAUGAAACCGUGAACGAGUUUUAUACACAUUCUGAAGGAGAUCAAAACCAUGAUUAUGACCUUAACUUGGACAGAAACGCGGAGUGCAUGGUUAACUUAAACCUAAAAUGUCCAGAACCUGGAGAUGGACAAGUCAGCGUACCACCAUUGCCGUGUCGUCCACAACAGUGUCAGUACAUCGAGUUAGGACUUGUUCCUAUACGUGAACAUCGGCCCUCUUCUCAAGACAUUACAAGUUGUUUGAAUACAUCCAGCUUUAAAAGUCAUUUGAAAAAUAAAACAAAUACUGAUGAAAGCGAUGCUGGACCCUCGGUAAAAACUGGCGAUAAAUCGAUUGAACACAGUACGCUUGAACUGUCUAAGAUAAUAAAUACUAAAUUAAACUCACGACAACAAGAAUUCAAAAAACGAAUGGAUGCGCCCAUACUCCCAACAGGAAUCAAGGCAGAAAAACAACAGCUUGGUGUUAAUCCCUACGAUUCUACGAGUAAUUAUAUUUACCCCGCAGAAGAAAACGAAUAUUUUCCGUUUUCUGAUCACAAUCACACAAGUACACUUGUUGAUAACACUAACGGAGGCAACGAUGAGUAUCAUAUUCCAUUAGAGCCGGUUGUUUUCAUCAACUUCCAGACUUUGAAUCAUUCGUUUGAUCAAACAGUGGCUGUAAAUGACUCAGGUAACAAAAAACAAAACGUAAAUGAAACAAAGAAAGAGAAUAAAUACGGAAAUAGUGACAGAUUUCUUACACCACUUGAACAAAGCUUUGACGAUAACACACGCGAGGAUAGAUGUAAACUUGAUACAGUUAACGUUAUGAAUGUCAUUGAUAAUGGAAACUAUUCGGAUACAUUUACGACUGAAAAACACUAUGCUAAUGACGAAAGUUAUAUAUAUCCCAUCGACCCCGAUGACACCUCACUGCCAAUUGCUUAUGGAUACCAUACUUGGGAUGGAGCACAUGCUAAGGGCGAUGCUAUUGGCAUUAAAAAUAUCCAUGCUGAUCUUGGAUUAACACAACAAGAAAUAAAAAGUACUAAGGACGACAUGAAUAAACGCGAUCCAAUGGAUAAUUUGAUAAUAAACAAAGUAGAUGCUGAUGACCAAAGUUAUAUAUAUCCCAUCGACCCUGAUGACCCCUCACUGCCAAUUGCUUAUGGAUACCAUACUUGGGAUGUAGCACAUGCUAUCGACGAUUCAAUUUGUAGUAAAAAUAUUGAUGUUGACCUUAGGUUGCCGCAACAAGAAACAAACAGUACUGCAAACGACAGCUAA